AUGUCGAAUACUUACGUUUCUCCGGAAGAUGGAACUGCAACUCAACAUGGUACAGAGUCGCUGGCAAUAAAGAAUACGUCUAUUCGACGCGUCCUAACUCGCGUCGCUCUCAAAACAACGGCGCACUUUUACAAAUACGAUGGCCCUUGUGUCCCCAUUUCCAAACACCUUAUAGUAAAAAAAGGGCCAUUCGUUCAUCUGACAGAAGCGGCGACUAUGAGCUUUGUGGCUGCCAAUACGUCCAUUCCUGUGCCAGCUGUCCACUGUUCAUUUGUUCACAAAAAUCAGGCCUUUAUUGUUAUGGAACGCAUACGAGGGCAUCGUCUCGCGAAGGCGUUGUCGAUAUCGUCCGAUGAAGAAAUUGACAACAUUUUUAUGCAACUUCGACAGAUGUUUCAAGAACUGAGGGCUCUUCCACCACCUCCUGGCACAGGAGUGCAGAGCUGUUUGGGAGGCUCUUUGCGAGACUCUCGUAUACCUAGGUCAAGACCCAGAUUUGGGCCCUUCACAACCAUCCAAGAUUUUCACUUAUGGCUGCGUGAUGGUCUUCGACCAGAGGAUUACCCAAACCGCGUGGAUGACGAUUGGGAGGCGAUAAAAGACAUGGCAAGCAACCAGGACGGCCCAUGGCCACCUCCACUUUUCACCCACGGAGAUUUAAACCCUUUCAAUGUUAUAGUUCGUGAUGGGCGUGUAGUUUCAAUCAUUGAUUGGGAGUUUGCGGGCUGGUAUCCUUAUUAUUGGGAGUACACUGCAGCAUGGUACGGCAAUGAGACUCGACAAGCGUGGCAAGGGCUGCUCACCAAGUUUCUUGAUCCUCAUACAGAAGAACUAGAGAUGGACAAGAUACGACAAAGAUGGUGGGGAGAUCUGUAA